UCGGCAGUCGGCUGCUCGUCCCGCCGCGCGGAGGAAGGGCGGCCGCGGGGCAUGCUGGGCCUGCCGCGGUUGCUAGGAGGCGGGACGCCGGGGUGAUGGAGCCCGGGAAGAGAAGAACCAAAGACGACACGUGGAAGGCGGAGGACCUCAGAAAGCACAUUCGGACGCUACAGUCAGGGAGCCCCAAGGAUGACAAGAAACAUCGGGAAAAGAAGCCGCGCCAAGAGCCCGAGUCGGAGCUCCCUGAACCCCGGGAGCACAGGGCCAGGGAGCCUGGGUCCCGGGACAGGGCGGCCCCGAGGGAGAGAGACCACGACAGGCACAGGGAGAAGAGGAGGGAGCGGGACAAGCUGAAGGAGAAGUCUCGGGAGCGUGAGGCCGACUCGACCCACGGCCGGGGGAAGGACAGGGAGCGGAGAGCUCGCAAGGAGGAGUCCCGGCCCCUGGCUGCCCACCACGGCCCGCUGGAGCGCACAGAGCACAGGGGCACAGCAGGUAAAGUGAGACUCGAGGAGCAGAGGCGAGAUGACGGCUCUGAGAGAGGGGACGAGGAGAGAGAGAGGAGAUACCGGGAGCGGAAGACGCCUCCACCCCCACCCCAGCUGCAGUAUGGGGACAGCAGGGACACCCCGCUCAAGUACUGGCUGUACAAGGAAGAUGGGGAGCGGCGGCGCCACCGGCAGCGGGAGCCCGAGCGCACGCGGAGGCCCGGUGAGAAGAGAGACAGAGCAUCCCGGGAGAAGGGUAGCUCCCACCCCGAUAGGGAGAGGGACAGGGACAAGGACAAGGACGAGAGGCACAAAGAACGGCGACACAGGGAGACCUUCCACUCCGAGGACCAGCGGCUGCACACCGAACACAGGGAUCACAGGAGACGUGAGAACCAGAACGGAGAGCACAGAAGUCGUGGUGCAAACUCCAGGAGAGAAAGGCAUGGCAGCCAGCGUCCAGAGAGUGUGGGAAGGUGCGAUGGAAGAGACAGAAACCUGACGAGGAAGGAAGCUGAGAAGGAAAAUGUUGACUUGGAAACUGCUGGCGCCGACGGGUACGCUGGUGCCGACGGGUACGCUGGUGCUGACGGGUACGCUGGUGCUGACGGGUACACUGGCGCUGAUGGGUACACUGGCGCCGACGGGUACACUGGCACCGACGGGUAUGCAGCGAGCUUUGAAGACGACUUUGAGGACUACGAAGAUGACUUUGAGGUCUGUGAUGGGGACGAUGACACCAGCAUCAGGGAGCCAGAGCCCAGAGAACAUGCUGAAGAGCUCCCGCCAGCCCGCAGGAAGGAGAUCCGGGAGAUCCAGAGAGCCAUCCAUGCGGAGAACGAGAGGAUCGGCCAGUUCACCGCCAGGCUGCUGCGGACGCAGGGGUGCCCCGAGCCAGAGGGGGAGCCAAGGGCAGGCUUCUCCUGCUCAGAUGGCAGCAGGGCCUCCUCCCGGACCCCCGUCUGCGGCAUCUUUGUGGACUUCGCAACAGCCUCCACCCGCCAGAGGAGUCGCACACAGGCCCUCAAGCAAAAGACACGAAGCACAAAACUUCUCCGUCUCAUCGACCUGGAUUUCUCCUUUACAUUCUCCUUCCUGGACCUGCCACCCGUGAAUGAGUAUGACAUGUACAUCCGCAGCUUUGGGAAGAAGAACACCAGGCAGGCCUACGUGCAGCACAAUGAAGACAGUGUGGAGAGAGACGUGCAGACGGAGCCGGUCGAGAGCCGGGAGGUGUGGACCCAGCACCCCGGCGAGGGCUCUGCGGUGUCUGGGGGUGGCGAGACCCGAGAUCCUGCAGAUGCCUCAGCUGCUCCAAAGGUGGACACGCCACGGCUGUCGGCCUUCCUCCGCGCUGCCUGCCAGGUGGUCGCAGUUCUGCUGGAGGAGGACCGCAUGGCAGCACUGCCCAGCCGGAGCCCGGGGCCGCAGGACCAGUCGUUGCCUUUCAGCGGGAGUGUGGUGGCCUUGAAUACCAGCCUGGCCUUCCUGCAGGACCGGAAGGUGAGUGGUCUGCACGCCUCGCCCCUGCAGAGGCAGAUGGUGGUGUCUGUGCACGGCCUUCCUGCUCGGCCGUUCAGACACGCUUUGGACAGCAGACACGUGCUGUGUGUGUGGGACAUCUGGCAGCCCUCGGGACCCCAGAAGGUCCUGACCUGUGAGUCACAGGUCACGAGCUGCUGCUUUAGCCCCUGCAAGGCCUUCCUGCUGUUUGCGGGCACGGCACACGGCUCUGUGGUGCUGUGGGACCUCAGGGAGGACUCCCGGCUGCACCGGUACCUGACGCUCAGAGACUGCCCUUGGGCUUUCCGCACGCCCACCUUCUCCACUGACGGCACCCUUACAGCAGUCAGCCACCACAGCCCCGUGCAGGCCAUCGAGCCCGUCUCCGCGUCUGUGUACAGAAGACAGAGUUUCACGCUGUCACCCUUUGCUACUCAGGAAGAGAUGUCUGGCCUGUCCUUCCACAUUGCAUCUCUGGAUGAGAGUGGGGUCCUCAACAUAUGGGUCGUUGUGGAGUUACCAAAGGCAGACUUUGCGGGUUCAAUCAGCGAUUUAGGUCUGAUUCCCGGAGGGAGGAUCAAGUUGGUGCACAGUGCAGCCGUCCUGCUGAGUGACAGCCUCUCUUGGAAAGGGUUUGAGUGCUGGGGGUCCCUGCAGACGCUGACUGUCAAGUUCCUGCCCUCGGACCCCAACCACUUUGUUGUCGGCACAGAUAUGGGUCUGGUCAGCCAUGGCACAAGACAGGGCCUCAGAGUGUCUCCCCGGGUCUUCAAGCCACAGCAGUGUGGGGCCCGGCCCCUGCAGGUCACAGCCAUUGACUUUUCGGCUUUUGGGGAGCCGCUGUUCCUGGCUGGCUGUUCUGACGGGAGUGUGCGGCUGCACUGGCUGACGUUUGAGCGUCCCCUCCUGCAGUGGGAUGGCAGCACAGGUGGCCGAGCGGUCACCAGCCUGCAGUGGGCCCCCACACGGCCAGCGGUGUUUGUGGUCCAGGAUGAUGCCUCCUGUGUCUACCUCUGGGACCUUUUGCAGAAUGACCUAGGCCCCGUGGCCAGGCAGUUUGUGGCCCCUGACAGGCUGGUGGCCAUGGCACUGGUGGGCGACCCCGAGAGUCCGGGUGGCGGCUUCCUGGGCCUGGUGCUGGCCCGCGCUUCAGGCCACCUGGACCUACAGCUCCUGCACCCUCAGUGGGCGUCCCCUGAGGCCCGGGAGCUGGAGCGGCUACAACAGCUGCUGAGGGGCUGAUGGGGCGAGGUGGGGGGCUGGGGCUGGGGCUGGGCCAAUAAAGUUGACUUCUAGAGUCAG